CUUUAUUCUUGCGUGUCCCGCAGGUGUACAUGGAGAUCGUGGGCGGCAACCAGGACGGCGUCUUCUGGCUGCACCCGGACACGGGGAUGCUGUACACGGCCAAGCUGCUGGACGCGGAGCUCAAGACGUCGUACGCGCUGACGGUGUCGGCGCUGGACCAAGGGAACGCCGGGGCCCGCAAGCAGAGCUCGGCGCGCGUCCAGGUGACGGUGCUGGACGCCAACGACAACGACCCCGUGUUCGAGACGCCCGAGCAGACAGUGUGGGUGAACGAGAACGAGCCGCCCGGCCAGCAGGUGGCGCGCGUCGUGGCGCGCGACCGGGACUCUGGGGAGAACGCCUACAUCUCGUACCUGAUCGCCAACCUCGGCCCCGUGCCCUUCGAGGUGGACCACUUUACGGGCUGGGUGCGCACCACGCAGGUGCUCAACUACGAGGUGAUGAAGCGCGAGUACGUGUUGCGGAUCCGCGCCUCGGACUGGGGCCUGCCCUACCGCCGGCAGACGGAGACCACGCUGCGCGUGCACGUCCGCGACGUCAACGACAACCGGCCGCAGUUCGAGCGCGUCGACUGCGUCGGCCACGUGCCCCGCCACCUCGCCAUCGGCACCGACAUCCUCACCCUGUCCGCCAUCGACUUCGAUGACGGCAGCGUCAUCACGUACCGCCUCGAGGGCGGCUCCGAGGACGGCUGCUUUGCGCUCGACUCGAGCUCGGGCAUGCUGCAGGUGACGUGCGACCUGGCCGACGUGCGCGCCGCGCGCCGCGAGCUCAACGUCACGGCCUCGGACGGCACGCACUUCUCGGACGUGCUGCGGCUGCAGGUGAACCUGGUGAACGCCAAGCGGGACCCGGUGACGGCGGCGCCCUCCACGGGCUUCCACAAGGGCUACUUCGACUGCAGGGAGACGGGCGUGGCUCGCCGGCUGACGGAGGUGCUGGCGGCGGCCGAGAGGAACAACGCGCCGCACGUCGCCGACGAGGAGGACUUCCCCCUGGUGCCGCCGCGCUACGGCUCCAACGUGCACGCCCCCGAGUUCGUUGACUUCCCGCUCGAGGUGCGCGUCAACGAGUCGCUCGCGCUCGGUGCCAUCCUGGUGCGCGUGCGCGCCCGCGACCGCGACCUGGGCUACAACGGCAAGAUCGUGUACGGCAUCGCGUCCGGCGACUCGGACUCGCUCUUCAAGAUCGACCUCGAGUCCGGCGAGCUGCGGCUCGUCGGCUACCUGGACCGCGAGCGCGAGUCCGAGUACCUGCUGAACGUGUCUGCGUGGGACCUGGGCACGCCGAGCAAGUCGACGCACCGGGUGCUGCCCGUCACCGUCCUGGACGUCAACGACAACGCACCGCGCUUUGAGAAGCCGCUCUCCAGCUUCCGGGUCACCGAGGACGCCGCCAACGGCACCACCAUCUUCCGCCUCAACGCCACCGACCCGGACGCCGGCGACAACGGUCGCGUAGCGUACUCCAUGGAGACGGACACCAAGGACCUGUCUGUGGACGCCGUCUCGGGCGUGCUGACGGUGACUGCCCCGCUGGACAGGGAGCGCCAGGAGGUCUACGAGGUGCUCGUCGUGGCCAGGGACUUUGGCAACCCACCGCAGAGCUCCACCGCCCAGGUCCGCGUCACCGUCGACGACAUCAACGACAACCCGCCGCGCUUCGCGCUCCCGGACCUUUCGGUGCGCGUCCUCGAGGACAUACCCGCCGGCAGCGUCAUCGCCGUGGUGCAGGCCUCGGACCUGGAUCUCGGGCUCGGCGGCGAGGUGCGCUACAGCCUGACCCAGGCCGACGACGACAGCCAGGACGCUGAGAAGGGCGCCUUCUUCCGCAUUGACGCGCUCACGGGCACGGUGCGCACCCUCAAGGACCUCGACUACGAAGAGCGCCAGGUGCACGUGGUGACAGUGCGCGCGACGGACCGGGGCACGCCGGCGCUGUGGAGCGAGGCCGCCCUCACCGUGCACCUCAUCGACGUCAACGAGAACGCGCACGCGCCCCUCUUCGACGACCUGGUGCAGACGGCGGCCGUCCUGGAGAACGCCACAGUCGGUACGCUCGUCACCUCCGUCAAGGCCUCGGACGCGGACGCGCCCGGCGACGACUCCCGGAUCACCUUCUCGAUCCGCGGCGGGGACGGCCAGGGCUACUUCAGCAUCGACGACAAAGGUCACGUCCGCACGCUGGUGCCGCUGGACGCCGAGUCCCGGGUCCACUACUGGCUGACGGUGGUGGCGCAGGACCACGGCGUGGUGCCGCUGAGCAGCCGCCUCGAGCUGUACAUCGCCGUCCUGGACGUGAACGACAACGCGCCCCAGCCGCUGCUCGCCUCGUACCGCGGCGAGGUGGCCGAGAACUCGCCGGCCGGCAAGUGGGUCGCCGAGGUGCGGGCGAGGGACCGCGACGUUACCCCCGGCAAGCUCACCUACCGGAUCACGGCGGGCAACCCCGAGAACUUCUUCGUCAUCAACCCGGACACGGGUGUGGUGACAACCACAGAGCGACGACUUGACCGCGAAAAUCAACCAGAGCAUAAUCUCGAGAUCACUGUUUCGGACCAUGGGAACCCACCUUUAUCAUCUACAACAAGACUAUUUGUCGCUGUUCAGGACGUUAAUGACAAUGCACCAGAAUUUGAGCAAACCUUUUAUCAUGUCAGUGUUCCCGAAAGUUCAAGAGCAGACGCUGCCCUAUUCCAGAAUUCUACAGGUGAUGCUGAUCUAACUGAUCUUGAAAAUGGAACAUGGGAAUUCUUUGAGGUGACCUCAAUUACUGGGGAUCGCCUGUUGAGGGUUUUGGCCUUUGAUCAAGAUGUUGGUCCAAAUGGGCAGGUUGAAUACAGCAUCAAAUCUGGACGUGGGAAAGGGAAGUUCAGAAUCCACCCAUACACUGGUACUGUGUACUCCCAAAAAUCCCUUGCUGGAGGUUCUGAAUAUGACUUACUUAUUCGAGCAAUGGAUCAAGGUACUCCUCAAAGAAGUGCAACUACUCGUGUGUCUGUUCAAAUUGUGUCUGUUCCGUCAUCAUCACCUCAUCCACCUCAAAUUAAAACGGUUGAUCAACAAGUUCAGAUCACAGAGAGUGACAAAGCAAAAUACUUGGUAGCUCUUAUUCAAGCAUCUGAUGAAGAUAAUGAUAAGCUUUGGUUUGAUAUAGUUGAUGGUGACAAACGAGAUGAAUUCUACAUUGGGAGAGAUCAAGGAAAUGUGUUACUAGCGAAGCAGUUGGAUUAUGAAACCCAAAAUUUCUACAACCUCACUAUCAGUGUGUCUGACAUGCACCACACAGUUUACACACAGCUUUAUGUUACGGUUCUUGACACAAACGAGCACAGGCCUGAGUUUUCAGAUACUGAGUAUAAAGUUGAGGUAGCUGAGAGUGCUGAGGUUGGCACAUCACUGCUUGAGCUUCACGCCACUGACCUCGAUGGUACUGACCGUGUGUUCUAUAGCUUGCAUACAGCGCAGAGCCCAACUUCAUUAGAAUUGUUCAAACUUGAUUCUGUAACGGGUAUUCUUACGCUCUCUGCUCCUUUGGAUUGUGAGACAAUGGAUGAGCAUGUGUUGACUGUUAUGGUCAAGGACCAAGGCACCCCAUCGAAAAGGAAUUAUGCUCGUGUCCAUGUAAUUGUUCACGACUUCAAUGAUCAUACACCUGAGUUUUCAAGUCCCAUCAUUCAAGGCCGUGUCUAUGAGAGUGCUGCCCCUGGCUCAGCCGUUAUGCAAGUGCUUGCCACAGAUAAAGACAGGGGGAAGAAUGCAGAAAUCACUUAUGGCAUUGCAUCUGGGAACGUUGGAAAUAUGUUUGCCAUUGAUCCAUCUCUUGGAUAUCUAACUGUUGCUCGAGAACUGGACAUAAGCCACUAUCCAGAGUACAUGCUGUCUAUCAAAGCCUCUGACAAUGGUGUACCUGCUCUCUCAGCCACUGUACCUGUGCACAUCAUGGUGACUAUGGCAGACAAUGCCCCUCCGAGAUUCAUCAAAGACCAGCUACUUGCUGAAGUUUAUGAAAAUCUGCCUUUGGGAACAUAUGUAAAACAUGUUGAAAUCAGAAGUACCUCAUCUUGCACUCUAGAAAUUGUCAAUGGAGAUGAUGAUGGUGUCUUUCUAAUGAACCCAUCAACUGGAGUGAUCAGUACAAAAACACCCCUUGAUUAUGAACACAAAACAUUCUACAAUUUAACUGUUGAAGCCACCAACAUGGCUGGUGUUAAAGCUCGUUCUCAUGUAAUUGUACAUGUUCUGGAUACAAAUGACAAUGCUCCGAGAUUCGUUCAAAAUCUGUACAUUGGCACACUUUUAGAAAAUGUCCCUGUUGGCUCUUUGGUUCUAACUAACGCGAGCACACCUUUAGUCAUCAAAGCCACUGACAAGGAUUCAGACCUAAAUGCUCUUCUCCAUUAUGAUAUUGUUGAAAACUUACCACGAAAAUAUUUUCACAUAGAUUCAAAUACAGGAGCUAUUAGGACAGUCAAUUUGCUGGACUAUGAGACAAUGCCUGUAUUCAAAUUCCAUGUUAGGGUGUCAGAUCGAGGAAAACCAAGACUCACCUCAGAGGUGUUGGCUGAAGUUGUAUUGAACAUUGUUGAUGUCAAUGAUUGUGCACCACAGUUUACAAGUGAUGAAUACAAUGUUACUCUUCUUUUGCCCACAUAUCUAAAUGUGGCUGUUCUUCAAGUGAAUGCAACUGACCGAGAUUCAUCACCUUUCUCCCCGCUUUCAUAUGAGUUGGAAAGUAAUGGCAUCCAGGGAACUUUUGCUCUUGACAGCAAGUCAGGUGUCUUGACUGUGGUUGACCCUUCCAAAGUUCAACAAAAGAGUUUGUUUAAGCUAACUGCCAAAGUCUCUGAUGGAAAGUUUACAUCUGCGGCACUCAUUAAUAUUAUGGUUCAAAAGUCUGAAAACUCAGGUCUAGUUUUCCAGAAGAGUACUUAUUAUGCUAAUAUAGUAGAAAACAGUACCAAAAUCAUUACUGUGACUGUUGUAAAUUUAUUGGGUUCUGCUCUCAAUGAACACAUAGAAUUCAGAAUACUUAAUCCCACCGAUAUGUUUGAAAUUGGCGAAACUUCAGGUGCAAUUAGAACUACUGGAAAACGAUUUGAUCGUGAACUACAAGAGCAUCAUUAUUUAAUUGUUGAGGCUAGAAGCAAGGACUAUGGUGAAGAUCAAACUCGAGUUGCCCAUGUAACCGUUAAUGUUACAAUAAUUGAUGUAAAUGACAACUGUCCCAUGUUUGUGAAUUUACCUUAUUAUGCUGUUGCAUCUGUUGACUCUCAGAAAGGGGAAGUAAUUACCAAGGUUCAAGCAGUUGACUUGGAUAGUGGAGAAAAUGGAGAAGUCCGUUAUGAGCUCAAGAAAGGCCAUGGAGAGUUAUUCCGUGUCUCUAGAAAGUCUGGUGAAAUAAUCUUGAGACAAAAUCUUGAGGGUCAUAAUCAGGAAUAUAAACUUUUGAUUGCUGCCUAUGAUGGAGGUGUAAAUCCCUGCUCAACUGAUGUUUUUGUGCAUGUCAAAGUGAUCGAUCGAUCUAUGCCUGUUUUCAACAAACAGUUCUACACUGUUUCUGUUCCGGAAAAUAUUGAACUAUUUUCACCGUUGGAUCUUAGUAUCUCUGCUGAAUCAGCUCUUGGUCGGAAGCUCAUUUACUCUAUUGUCAAGGGCAAUGACUUUGAAGAAUUUGCUGUGGAUUUCAACACAGCUGGAAACAGUGAUGUUGGGACUUGUGUUCUCUACGUGAUCGAUGAACUUGAUUAUGAGCACAAACAAUCAUAUGAACUGACAGUGCGAGCUGUAGACUCUGUGUCUGGUGUUAGCUCAGAUGUCCUGGUGCAUGUACAAGUAGAAGAUGUGAAUGACUGUCCUCCAGAGUUUGUCAAUGACAUCUAUACAGUUUCUGUUUCUGAAGCAGCUACCUUUGGUUCCCCUCUAUUGAAAGUAACAGCUCGAGAUAAUGAUACAGGAAUCAAUGCUGUAGUGCGCUACUCAAUUCACCAAGAUGCUGGCAAUGCCACAAAAUACUUUCACAUUGAUAGUGAAGAUGGGUCUGUCUAUUUGAAGCAGGCCCUAGAUAGAGAAAAGCAAGACUCUCAUCACUUUACUGUAAUUGCUAACGACAGCGGCAUUCCCAGCCUCACUACCUCUGCCCAUGUUUGGGUGUCAGUUUUGGACAUGAAUGACAACCCUCCAAAGUUUGAGCUGCCAUCAUAUAGUUGUGUAUUGUCUGAGGAUGCUGAGAGGGGCCAGUUUGUGACAAUGGUUACUGCAAGCGAUGCUGAUACUGUUGAUCAAGGGCAUCUCAUUUAUUCCAUUGUUGGAGGCAAUGACCUACAAACAUUUACCAUUCAACCCAGUACUGGCAUUAUUAGGCUUAUUAACCUGCAUCAGCUACCUUUCCAUACUGCUCACUCUCUCAAUGUGUCAGUUACUGAUGGAGUGUACACAAGUUUUACUCGUGUGCACAUUGAAAUGCAGCCCUCAAAUCACCACGAUCCUGUGUUCAGUCGACACCUUUAUGAGGCAACAGUAGUUGAAAAUAGAGCUCCUGGCACUCGUGUUACUAUUCUAAAAGCAACAGACGCUGACCAUGGAGCUUAUGGACAUGUAUCGUAUUCCAUAUCUUCACCAUUAUUCAGUGAAAUUUUCUCUAUUCACAAAAACUCAGGGGAAGUUACUACUCGUGUGAAGUUAGACAGAGAAAAAAGAAGGCUGUAUGAGCUACCUGUCUCUGCUGCUGAUCAUGGUGGUAGAAUGGGCCACACAGUAGUUAGAAUUAGAGUGAUUGAUGAAAAUGACAACACUCCAUACUUCCUGCAGAGAGAGUAUAAGGCUUCAGUUCACAGCAAUCUCACAAUAAAUUCAGGCUUCUUGAAGGUCAAAGCAUUAGACAGAGAUGAAGACAUCAAUGCUCAAGUAGAAUAUAGCAUAUACGAGAAGGAAUCUCCUGGAGUCAAAGAUCUGUUUGGGGUUAACCGUCAAACUGGUGGCCUCUACUUGCUGAAGAGUGCACUUUCUUAUGAAAAUCAAGUUUUCCAGUUUUUUGUUCGUGCUCAAGACAGAGGGAAGCCCUCUCGGUAUGCUGAUGCACCUGUUGAAGUGUACAUUAUGGGUUCUGCUGAUGUGCCACCAGUCUUCCAACGGAAAGAUGAGAAAUUUUUCCUCUCAGAAAAGUCACCCAUUGGCACUGUAAUCGCUCAGCUGAAGAUUCUGACAAAUGUGUCUGUUUCAUAUCGUAUUGUAUCAGGCCAAGAGGACAGUUCUCUUUUUGCUGUAGAUGAGGAUGGAACACUGACGCUUCAAGAGUCUCUGGACAGAGAAGUUGUAGACCAUCACCACAUAGCAAUUCUUGCUGAAACACAUACCAGCCCAUCACUAGUGGCUCAAGCUGAAAUAACACUCAAGGUGUUAGAUGAAAAUGAUAAUGCUCCCCAGUUCCACUCUAAUUCUUACUCAACUGUUAUUUCAGAAAAUGUUGAGGAAAAGACAUCAGUAAUCAAAGUAACUGCUGAGGAUACUGAUCAGGGUUACAAUGGAGAAGUGAGGUAUUCCAUUGAGCAAGAGGACAGCAAUAUAAGUCAAACAUUUACCAUCGAUCCCCAUUCGGGGUGGAUAUCAACUUUAGUACAUCUGGACAGGGAGACUCGACAGCACUACAAGUUAAAUAUUGUUGCCAGUGACAAUGGUCAUCCAAAACAUUCUACUCGUUGUAUUGUUCACAUUCAAGUCCAGGAUUAUAACGACAACCCUCCUGCCUUCUCAAACAAUAAUUACAAGGCAUCUGUUAAUGAGGAUGCACUUCCUGGCACAGUAAUUAUUCAGCUAGCCACAUCAGAUGCAGACUCAGUGAAAAUGCCGGUAGAUCUAUACAUUGUGUCAGGUGAUCCUGCCUCACAGUUAUCAGUGCGCUCUACUGGAGAAGUGUAUGUUGUGCGUCCUUUGGACAGAGAAACUGUUCCUCAUUAUAAUCUACAGAUAAUAGCAACAGAUGGAAAAUUUGUGGCAUCAUCAAAUGUAUCUAUUGAAAUUUUAGAUGCCAAUGAUAAUCCGCCGUACUGUUUACGCCAUCGUUACCGCUCUAUUGUGCCUGAGGAUGUAGAUACUGGAACAUUCAUAUUGAGUGUGAGAGCUUCAGAUGUUGAUGAAGGAUCUCACGAAAACCUCCGUUUCUACUUAACUGGUACAGGUGCUGAACACUUUUCUCUUGAUAAAGCUGGAGGUCACCUCAGAACUGCCCACAUUCUUGAUCGUGAAACUCAAAGCAAAUACUUGUUGACUGCCCAUGUUCAAGAUAGAGAUGGGACAACUCAAGGAUGGGAAUGCAGUUCUCAAGUUGAAAUCCUUGUCGCAGAUGUAAAUGACAACGCUCCUCAGUUCACUUUAGUCUCAUAUACUGCAUCACUCUCAGAAGAUGCCCAAGUUGGAACCUUAGUUGCUAAACUUCAUGCAAAUGAUAAUGAUACAGGAAUCAAUCGUAAAGUUCGAUAUGUAAUAGUUGAAGAUGACCCAGCCUUCAUCAGUAAACCUCAAUUUAAAAUAACAAGUGACAGUGGUAUUGUUACCUUAGCGCAUCACUUGGACAGAGAAGAAAAGGAUCACUACAACUUGACUGUGGAGGCAUCGGACCAAGGCACCCCUCAGCUCAAAACAAGAACUCAUCUCUAUGUAAAAGUUUUAGAUGUAAAUGAUAAUCCACCAGAAUUUGUUUCAAAACUUUACCAUGCAUUGGUACCAGAACUUUCACCCAUAGACACCACUGUUGUGAAAGUGAUGGCCACAUCUAAAGAUAUUGGAGUAAAUGCAGAAAUAUCCUAUUCUAUUGUUAGUGGUAAUGGACACAAGAAAUUUGCCAUUGACAGUAAAACUGGCGUUUUAAGCAUUCGUGAACCUUUGGAUUAUGAAAUUUGUCGAAGCUAUUUCCUUACCAUCGAAGCUAUUGAUGGUGGUGAGCCACCACUAAGUAACCAAGCAACAAUCAAUAUAUCCAUUUCGGAUGGCAAUGACAAUGCUCCCAUCUUUAAUCAACCCUCAUACUCUGCACGAAUACGGGAAGAUGCUGACAUUGGUGGAAAAAUCCUUCAGGUGACUGCCAGUGACUUUGACAGUGAAAAGAAUGGAGAAAUAACAUACAAAAUAAGAGGUGGAGAUAAUUUGCGGCAGUUUAGUAUUGACAGCUCUUCUGGAUACAUUUCUGUCGCCAAAUCACUUGAUCGAGAAGUUUCAUCAAGUCAUGUUCUUGAAGUUGAAGCAGUUGAUGGUGGCAUACCUCCACUUUCAAGUAUUGCCUUGGUCAAUAUUGAUAUUUCUGAUGUAAAUGACAAUGCCCCAUUUUUCUCUGAAAAGAAUUAUACAGCUGUUGUUCAGGAGGACAAACCUCUUGGUUAUGCUUUGUGUCACUUAACUGUUUCUGAUGCUGACACAUUUCCAAAUACUGAACCUUUCACUUUUGAAAUAGUUGCUGGCAAUGAUGCCGGUAUGUUCCGCAUUGAACAGAAUGGCGAUAUUCGCACAGCUGCAAAGUUUAACCAUAAAAAUAAGGAUACUUACGUGCUACAAGUUCGAGUGUUUGACUACGGACUCCCACCAUUAUCUUCAGACACGUGGGUGGUUGUCAAGGUUGUGGAAGAGUCACAGUAUCCUCCUAUUGUAACUCCCCUAGAAAUUUGGAUCAAUUCAUUCCAAGAUAAUUUUGUGGGUGGAGAGGUUGGAAGAAUACAUGCUUCUGAUCAAGAUGUGUAUGAUCAACUUGCUUACAAACUUGUGCCAAUGGCAACAGAGCAGCCUGCUGCAAGUCAGCCUGCUUUGUUCAAUAUUAUUUCCAAUAAUGGAUCUAUUGUAGCUUCUCCUCAACUUGAUGUGGGACAGUACAAACUGAAUGUAUCAGUGAGUGAUGGAAAAUUUGUGUCAUAUGCAACCAUUAAGGUUUGGGUUGAACUAGUGUCAGAUAUGAUGUUGAAAGACUCACUGAGUAUUAGCUUCAGAAGAAUAACUGCUCAAGAUUUUCUGCAGAACCAUCGCAAGGGUUUCAUUCGAGCAAUGCACAAAAUUCUUGCAGUUAAGGCCAAAGACGUAAUUCUUGUUAGUGCACAGGACACACAUCCAUCUUCCCUUCGGAGAAUGAAGAGGAGUUAUUCAAAUGUCCUGAUGGUUCUGUUUGCCGUCCGAAGUCCGAAUGGCGCUGGGUUUGUUCCAGUGGACAAUCUUCGCAACAUACUUUCAUCUCACAUUGAAGAUUUGGAGACAUCCUUAGGGCUUGAACUUUAUCAGGUGGCUCAAAGACAUUGCACAGACUCGUACUGUGCUUUCGGGACUUGUGAAGACAGAGUUUCUCUGAACAGAUCUGCAGUCACUGUUGUGAGCACACAACUAUCGAGUUUUGUUUCACCUCACCAUCAACUAGAAACUGUGUGUCAUUGCUCUCAGGGCUACUCGGGUGAACGUUGUGACAGUGCAGUUAAUAAAUGUGCAAACAAACCAUGUCCUGAUAACAUGAUGUGCAUGCCUGAUGGGUCUGCUUUGGGGUACUCUUGUGAAUGUCCAGAAGGAAUUGCUGGACCUGUUUGUCAAGAAAAUGAAACAAAUUGUCAGAAUGUGUGCUACAGUCCUCGUAGUCCCAUGUCAAUGACAGGGAGAAGUUAUGCUCAUUAUACCAUUACCAGACCAUGGCUUGAAAAAGAAUUAAAUGUUAGCCUUCGCCUUCGCACUCUUUAUCCAACAGGAAAUAUUGUCUACAUUGCUGGGCAGUUUGACUAUGCUAUAUUAGAGGUGGUGAGUGGUAUAAUGCAGUUCAGAUUUGAACUGGGAAGUGGCGAGGGUAUUGUUCGAGUUACAAGCAUAGCAGUUGAUGAUGGCCACUGGCAUGAGGUAAAUCUGCAGCGUAAAGGCAAUAGUGCUCGAUUGGUUGUGGACAAGACUCAUGUUGCUCAGGGGGUGUCACCUGGUACUGCUGGAAUUCUUAACACCCAAAUUCAACGAGGCACCACAAAGAUUAGCAACCUUCUAUACUUUGGCUCAGAGGUUCAACAACACUCAACAGUUUUGGGAUUUGAAACACUCUCCAAAGGCUUUACAGGCUGUUUGGAUGUUGUUCAGCUUUGGGGCACUCCUGUUCCGUUACACUCUUCAAGUGCAAGUAUUUACGCUGCUCUUAAACGACUAACUAAUGUUCAGUUUACAUGUGGGCCACCUUUGCCUCCUGGUCCGUGUAGUCAUCAUCCAUGUCUAAAUGGUGGAACAUGCAGAGAUGAUAAUGACCCAUCCAAUGGAGGGGGCUUUUCCUGUUUGUGUGCUGAACGUUUCACUGGUGUUAGAUGUGAAAGAGACACUUCUCCAUGUGCAUCUUCACCAUGCUUGUAUGGUGGACGCUGUUCUGCUCUGCCAGGUGGAACAUACAGAUGUGAUUGUGAAGAAGGAUUAAGUGGUAAGAGAUGUGAGUAUGGUCACUUCUGCUCUCCCAAUCCUUGUGCCAACGAAUUGCCCUGUGAAGAGGGGGAUGAAGGGCCCCUGUGCAAAUGCUUAGUGGGUUUCACAGGAGAGUUGUGCUCCCAAGACAUUGAUGAGUGUGCAUCAUCACCAUGCUAUAGUGGUUCUACUUGCGUUAAUACACCAGGAGCAUUCUACUGUGUCUGUCCCAUAAAUAUGACUGGUAUUGAUUGUGGCACUAGUGUCUUCCACACCUCCAUCACAUCAUCAAUUUACAAUGUUACUUGGGAUGAAAUUCUGGGUAUUACAGUUACUCUCUUCCUCAUCAUCUUUUCGGUUGUGGGCUGUAUCUGUUAUCGUAGGUUUCGUAUAAAUAGACAAAACAACAGAGGAGGAAGUAAUAUAAAUAAUGGAACAAAUAAGGAUAUGGUUCUUAAUUCAACACGUCUCACAAACUCUGAUUUUAAAAGAAGCUCUAAACUCAGUAAUCUAGAAGUUAGUCAGCGAGAGCCAUUGUCCUGUCCUGCUCGGCCAGUAUCUUUUACUCCUAGCACUCAUCAUGAGCAAUACAUCGCCGCUACCCUGAACAAUUUAGAUACUUUGAGGAGCUAUGGCUCUGCAGGGGACGAACUAGAAAAUGUGCCUGCUGAUUACCUUCGUAACUUAAAUAGGCAGUCUCCUAUGAAUGUUGUCGGUGCCCCAAUUCAACUGCCUUUAAGUGAGAUGAGCAAGUUGAAUAACGGGGGUAAGGGAACAGAGGACUGCUAUCGGUCCCCUGGAUACCAUUGGGACAUUUCAGACUGGUCUCGACCCUGCCAGCCACCUCUUCCAAACAUCACAGAGGUUCCAGGUAGUGAAGUGCCUGACUCCAGCAGUUUCCAUAGUGAUGAGAGUAAUGAGGGUAGACCGAAUGUUAGCCUCAUGCUACCCUCAAUGGGUGAAACUAUCAAUGGCCUUCGUGAUAUGGAAACAUUAAAUGAAGAAGAUUGUGUCGAUGACUCUGAGGAUAUUGAUGCUCAUAGCUAUUUGCUGCAUCCAAACAACUAUUUACCUCAUAACCCACUGCCUGAGUCUGAUGAUGAAGAUGUUGCACCAUACACCUACAAUGGACGCCACCAUCAGGGGACAUCUUUACUUAGAAGUCAAAGUGAUCUGUCUACCAAUUUGUGUGAUAUUGAUGAUUCUGAAGUUGAGGGGGCUGAUAUUCAUCGGCCAUGGACUAAGGUCACCCAAACAUCUGUAUGACACCUGCAUUGCUGGGAACCUCCCAGCACAUUUAUGCAUUUCAGAAAUAUGGCUAUUGCGGUUUAUUAGUAAUUUUGAAUUGGAAGAAAAGCGCAUUGAGUAUUCCUGGAAACUUGUGCUUUAGUCUGUAAGGUUUGAAAUAAGUCUUACAACCAAAAAAUGCCUUUUUGUCUGUGUCUGUUAAAAAGUAUUCAAUUAAUCAAUGUUUGCUUAAUUUGUUAACUUGUAUUUCAAAGUGUAUAAAUGUCUAUGCUGGGGCCAUUAGAAUGCGGUGCAUCUCCUAUUUUCUGUGUCUGAUUAAUAUAAUACACUGGCUUGCCAGUUUAAAAAAAAAUUCUACUUACAUUCUUAUUGCAGUAUUGAUUUCUUUUAAAAGACUGCUUUCAUUACUUUAUCUUUGACCAAGUGUUUUAUAAUUUUCCUCUCUUGAUGGAAUUGUCAGUUUUGUUAAAUGGCAAGUGAACUGUUGUAAUCAGUGCCUUCUUGUAAAAUGAGAUCCCCCUCCAUUAGCUUUCUAGUGUUUGAUCUCAUUCAUUUCUUAAAUUAUUAAGCUUCAGUUGAGAAAAGAAAAUUGUUUUGAGUGGGGUAGCUAGAGAAGACUGACUGUGUCAUCAGGCAAACAGUCUGAACAGAUUUGCCUUGUUGUACACCAAUGUGUGAUGAGAAACUUUAUUUGGUUAGCCAUUCAAAUAAUUGGAAAUGAAAGGACUGAUAAGGACUUUGGUUUUCUUAUUAUUUUAAUACCUACAUUUGAAUUGGUCGUAAAAUAGUUUAUCUUCUCUGACUUGAUCAAAUUCUUGUACUGUUUUAAGUCAAUAAAACAAAAACAAAAAUCAGAAUGAUAGGUACUAUAAAAAUGAUAAAAAUAUGUGUAUUAUAUGACUGAAAAAGUUGAGUUUCCAUAAAUAUAUGGGUUACCCGAACCCAUCAGUUGUUCUGUAUGUUCUGAAAUAGUAGUUACUGUAUGAAGAUAUUUUCACCUACAGUUUAAAAAAUAUCAUUUUAUUUGUCAUAUGUCAAUAUUUAUCUUCUGGCACCAGUGUCAUUUCAUUUUCCAUCCCUCAGAUCAUAAAAUGGGAUAUGUAAUUCCAUUUUAUGUCAAUGGUGCAUUCUGAUGUAUGAUCUGCUUAUCACAGAUCCAAUGAGCUGUGUAUGAUACCUGUGCCAGUGCCAAUAACUAAUGACAAUGCUAAAUCUCUUUGUUAAAUUUUGAAAACAAAUGUUUGGUCUGUAUUUUAUCUAUGUUAUAUCAUGUUGUGCCAUUAUUGUAGGUAUCUUCCUGCUCCAUCUUGUUUUAAACCACAUUUUACUCAUUAAUUUUUUAGUUGCUCUGCUCACUGCAAAGUGUUUCUUUCAUUUUCAUCAGUUUUUCCGCUUUUAAAACAUAUCCAGACCACUUCAAAGUUGCUCGUGAUAUUUUAAUCUUUCAUUCAUUCAAGUUGUAUUCAAGAAAAUGUAAUACUCUAUACAUUAUAUUAGUUCUCAUCAGCCAUUUCUAGCAAAUACAGUUAAAAAUUUGUGCCAAUCUUUAAAAUUGGGGCAGCUAUUUACAGGGAAUGGAAAACCUAGGUAGCUAUAUCUUUCUCUUGCAGUGAAUUAGGUAUUAUCCGUUAGGAAUUAACCUUUGCUUCCUAUUUUGCAGCUUAUACUUGUUUCAAAAUUGGGGUAUUUCAUGUUUGUGAUUUAACACAAUAAUUAUUUUGUCUUUCGAAAGAACCAUAUCAGACCAAACUAAAUACGUCAAUGGUAUUAUAACAUAUACAUUUGAUCUUAGAAGUGUACCUGUGAUAUUUUCUAGAUAUAUGAUCUUAUCUUACUUGGUGCUUGGCGUCCUAUCACCUAUCAUCCGAGUGUUCUGCUGAACCAAUUUUUAGACUUCCAUUUGUUAUUGUUUCAAAUGAUUGAAAAGAUUGAUCAGCUUCUUUUAAUCCUUACUACAAAUUUAAUUUAUUACUGUGCUUAAGAAAAUAGGCAGCUCUAAACUUGUGCUGUAGUUGUCAGGGUUGCAUAGUAAUCUUUGACCUGUGUGAUAUUAUUCCCAUACUAGUUAUGUGUUGGAAAUAGAUUUUAAUAAUGAUUCAUGAACAUAUUUGUUGUGUACAUAGUAAAUGUUGAUGUAAUUAUGUCAGACACCAGUUUGUGGACUGUCGACUUUGAGAUGUGUGUGUACAUAUCAUGUAUAUAAAUAAAUGACGGUGAUAAACAAUUUA